UGGCGCUUGUUCUCGAGACAGUUUCAGGAUCCUUCGAAAAUAAAAUCAUGAUCAGUCUUCUUUGAUUUGUAGUCACUGUUUUUGACAUCAAACGCAUUUCCGAAUUAUCGCACGUUAUUUACACAUGUUUGGAGUACGGACUUGUAAGUUGAAUCGCAUGAGUACGGGUUGACUGAUAGUAGGGAAUCAGAUGAUCUAAUAGUGAAACUUGUGUAACUGCCGGCGAAGAAAUUCCUGGUCAUGCCUACUGUAGAGUAUUUAAAAAUGCGCUGAAAAAAUGCUAACGUCAAAACGAUCGGGAUCAGUCAGUCCCGAGGAGGUUGACAAUGGAUCUGAUACAAGGGUUUCUGCCGCCGAGGGAAAUGGUUCAGUAGCGUCAAACGCGUGUCGAAACGAUUCUUUACCAGAGGAAUUUUUGUCAAGCAGAAGAAUUGGACGAAGAAAUGCUUUAACUUAUGCCGAAAGUGGAAUGGUAGAUCUACCAGACCGCUUCGAGGAGCUUUCUAUGGAAACAGAUGAGCCUAGUACUGAGGGACGAAAUUCAAGCACACCGGGUACAUCGAAACAGCAACAUUGAUGUAAUUUGAGGUUUCUUUAGAAAAUUCCUUCAUCUCUACAUCGACAAUGCACGAUGUAGUAGGGAAAAGACCAGGGAAAAGACAGUAUUACUUUAAGAUCGUACUGAAUGCCUCAGUAAGAGUUGUUAACAUGCCAUUCUGUCACUUGAGAUUAUACUUUCACGCCUAAUUAUUUAAGUAAUUAUAUGUUAAUAUAUAUACAAUCUCAUUAUAUUUUCAAGGUUAGGUACAUAUGAGGGGGUUAAAGUCAUCCAACUCUGAUUUUAAGAAACAAGAAUCUAUUAAUUACAUUUCGCAGCAAUGUUUUCCCUCAACUGCGCGGACGCGUCUGCGCGAAGGUACUCCCUCGCCACAGAACUUAUAUACUUGUCAUUCAAAAUUGCGUGGCCGCGCAUGCGUGGAAGUGUUCCUGCGCAAACAGAAUUUAUAUGCGCGUCAUUCAAAAUUGCGUGGACGCGCAUGCGUGGAAGUGUUCCUGCGCAUACAGAAUUUAUAUGCGCGUUAUUCAAAAUUCUGCGCUUAAUUUUGGCUUGUGACUUUUUUCUUUAAACAGAAUUUGUCCCAGAUUUUUGGAGCAUCCUCUAUACUUCUAUGUUAACUAACUUUUUAAACAUACGUAAGUAAUACUACAAUGGUACAAAUAAAACGGGCUAUUUAAUAUUAAACAUUUUCCUACCAGAUAAUAAAAUACGUUUAUCUGUGUUCCUGUAAAUCCAAGAACCGUUAAGGAUGUCAGAAAAUUGUGAAAAGAACUUAAUAAUUUGUUUUUGUUUUUUUUUUUUUUUUUU